GCAGUUCAGUGUAAAGAUGAGUGGCCGUGGUAAAGGAGGUAAAGGUCUGGGUAAAGGAGGCGCCAAGCGCCACCGCAAAGUCCUUCGCGAUAACAUCCAGGGAAUCACCAAGCCCGCCAUCCGCCGCCUGGCUCGCCGCGGCGGGGUGAAGCGUAUCUCGGGUCUGAUCUACGAGGAGACCCGCGGUGUCCUGAAGGUGUUCUUGGAGAACGUGAUUCGUGAUGCCGUCACCUACACCGAACACGCCAAGAGAAAGACCGUCACCGCCAUGGACGUGGUGUACGCCUUGAAGAGACAGGGACGCACCCUGUACGGCUUCGGCGGUUAAACUUGAGAAACCCACACAAAGGCUCUUUUAAGAGCCGCCCACUUUCUCAAGAGACUUCCUUACGAUUGUAAAUAGUUUGAUCAUAUGUAACACAUUUGUAAUAGAUCGA